AUCUUUUACCAAACGUAACUAUGUAAACAACUGUUACAUUAGCUUAGUAACAGUCAAAAUGUCGAUUUUCGUUGAUUUACCAGACCCUAAUAUAUUUCAAGAAAUAUGCAAAGACAUAUUAUCGCCCUUUCAGAAUUUUCCUCACGUAGACCGCCGUUCUAUGAUUAUGAAAAAGAAAGAGAAAAUUGUGUGUAUAAAAAGUUUGAUUCGUCAAAGCACUCUCCUGUCUUUUAUGGAAAAUUACACGCAAGGGUUGAUGGUGAUUUUUGCUUAGAAGAUGAAUUUGAUGCAUCCGUGUCUCACCCAGCAACGAUAGGAGUAUCACUUGUAGACGAACCAACACCUCCACCUCCACCUGCUCCUAAGAGCCCUCCUCCUAAAGAAAAUUGUACGGCAAGAGAUUAUUGCCAAUAUUAUAUUUUGCCUAUACUAAUACCUGGAAUGGAGAAAAUGCUUGAACAAGCAAAAGAGGAGAAAUGUUUUGAGAGAAAACGAACAAAAUUUAACGCUCUUGAUUUUCUCACACAUUAUUUGUAUACGCACAAUAAACUCUAUACUGACAGAGAGGGAGUUAGCUUUGAGGAAAUUCCAUUUGUAAAAGAGCAUUGGAAAACAAAUCCUCGUCCUCCUCUCCCAUUGUCUUUAAUAUGGAACGAAUCCGAAGCCUCUCUGAUCAUUCAAUCGUGGUUUCGAGGAUAUAAAAUUCGUUGUGAGGAGAAGGUCUCCGAACUGCGGCAUUGGCAAAAGGAGUGGAGGGAAGAUAACGAAGCCGCUAUCAAAGCUAAAGUUCAAAAUUUUUGGCAAGAAAGGGGUCAGUCAGAUGACGAUGAAGUUGAAAGUGUUGGUUUAUCAAAACCAUCUACCAGACCAAAUACCGGAACGAAAUCUGUUCACCCUACUGCAUACGAUCGAAUGCACGAUCCAACUAAACCAAGACCUGUAUUAAGCGCAAAAAAGGAUAAAGAGAAGAAAUCUAACGAAGUAACGGAAGAAGUUAAAGAGGAACCUGAAGUGGAGGAGAAAGAAGUCGAAGAGGUUGAAAAAGUGGAAGUAGUUUUACCAGAGGUUCCUAAAGAAACUUCACCUAAAGCCAAGAAGAAGAGCGUGGGACGUCGUACACCAGAAAAAGUUAAACAUUAGGGAGAAAAGAGAAACGAACAUUUUCUUAUCAAAUUUUUUUUGCUAUGAGAAUAAACCAAUAAUAAUAUUGUAAUAUUUAUAAGGAUAGGGA